AUGACAGAUCGGCGGACAGAGCAUGUGAGGAUUCGCCUUCCGAGGCGUCACCGUCUGAGAGUGAAAAUCUCGUUCACAACUGCACAACAGGAUGUGCUGACAGGAGUCCCACGAAGGUGCAGUGCGAGUGAGGAGUGGGAUCCGCCUUCUGAUGCAUCACGGGAGGAUGAGGACGAGGACACAAGGGAGGAUGGAUGGAUUGUUCGGAAACAAACAGGUUGCAAGUGCAGUGCCUGGAGGGAGGACGCAAGGAGGCAAUGA